AUGUUCCAGGACGAGCCAAGUGACCAUGACAUCAUGGAGCCCAUAACAUCGCUUUCAAUUAAGUUGAUAAACAAAGAGGAUAGAACAUACACCGUACUUAAAUUUUUAAUUCCUAUCGCCGAAUACGGAUCUGCGCAGCUAGGAGUGAUGAUGUGCGAUCGUUUUACGAGAGCAUGCCUUGGAGGACGCGACGACGACGGCGACGUGGAGAGCGGUCGCGACCAUCGCAAUGCGUAUCGGAGCGAAGAUAAAGCCAGUGAGCAAAAGCGGCUUUCUUUUUCCGCAAGCGUUUCUUGA